AUGUCGUCCCAAAACCCCAUCCACGACGCCGCCAAGACAGCCGGCCAGAAGAAGGACACCAGUCCCUCGAACCCCAGCGUCAUCUCCUCCGAGGGUGCCAUCGGCAAGCAGUUCAACCCUGAUGGUAACAUUGGCCAGAUUGGCGAGGCUGUUGGCGGUCCUUUCUCCAAGGAUGGAGUGAUCGGAAGUCAAUUCGAUGCUAGCAAGGAUGGCAUCGCUGGAACUGUAGAAAAGGCCGUGGAUGGGCCUAGGAACCCAGCCAAGAAAUAG